AUGCAAAAAUGCGACGAGAAUGUUAAAAGAUUGAAAAAGUACCCACCAGUUAACCUGCACGGUUCAAAGUCAUAUAAGUUCGGCGAAACCAGACGUUACUCGCCUUUCCAUUUUCCCGGUCAGUCAGCUGUUGAGUGGGUUGUGGCCAGAGCUGAUGAUAUCCUGAACUGGGGCAGAAAAGGCUCCCUCUGGCCUCUGACUUUCGGCCUCGCUUGCUGCGCUUUGGAAAUGAUGCAUUACGCUGGACCCAGAUAUGACAUGGAUCGCUUUGGAAUGGUCUUCCGGGGAACCCCACGCCAGACGGACGUGAUAAUAAUCGCAGGUACCGUCACCAACAAGAUGGCCCCCAUACUCCGCAAGACCUACGACCUAAUGCCAGAGCCUCGUUUCGUAGUGUCUAUGGGGAGCUGCGCUAAUGGGGGCGGGUACUAUCAUUAUACGUAUUCUACUGUGCGCGGGGCUGAUAGAAUUAUACCGGUUGACAUCUACGUGCCAGGCUGCCCGCCAACGGCUGAAGCUUUAUUAUAUGGAAUGUUGCAACUUCAGAAAAAAGUGAAGCGUAUGCGCAUGUGUCAGACUUGGUAUCGCCAU